UUUCCCAAGCAUGCGUCAUGUGACUUCACCCAGCACUGCCUAGCUCAGCACCAAGCCUACUGGUUUCUGGAGAUUUAAUGUGAGAAAAGGACAAACCCCCGAACCCCUUUCCUUCCUUCUCAGCUUGCCUUGUUCAGACUGUUUUUUUCGACCCUCACUUUUCAUCUUUUGUCUUUUUUGGGGUUUUUUCUUUUUUAACACGAUGGGAAAAUGUGGACCUUCAAAGCGCUCGGAGUAUGACAAAAGAUUUUAGGAUGCUGGACUUGUGCUGCUCGUUUUGUUCCUCUCUUUUUACUUAAAUGCCAACACGGUGAAUGCGUCGGACAGAGCGGACGAGCCUGCUGCUAGAGGUCCGCAUUCAGAAAGUCAACAUCUUGUCUUUCUUGAUUUGAUUUUUCUCUGGAGCGACUUCAGAAGGAUGUAACGGCCGAUCCACCGUGUGCAGCUGAAGUCUCCUCAUCAAAAUGCAGAAGGGAAUACGACUUAAUGAUGGUCAUGUCACCUACCUGGGGCUUUUGGCAAAAAAGGAUGGUACAAGACGAGGGUGCUUGAGCAAAAAGAGCUCAGACAACACGAAAUGGCACACAAAGUGGUUCGCUUUGUUACAGAAUAUGCUCUUUUAUUUUGAGAACGAGUCCAGCUCUCGACCCUCGGGAUUAUACCUGUUGGAGGGAUGCAUAUGCGACAGGGCGCCUUCUCCGAAACCUUCACUGUCAGCCAAGGAGUGUUUGGAAAAGCAGUACUAUUUCACUGUCAGCUUCACCCAUGAAAACCAAAAGGCGCUCGAGUUACGCACAGAAGAUGUAAAGGACUGCGAUGAAUGGGUGGCUGCAAUAUCACACGCCAGUUACAGAAACUUGGCCAACGAGCAUGAGACUCUCAUGCAGAAGUAUCUUCAUCUGCUUCAGAUUGUGGAGACGGAGAAAACAGUUGCUAAGCAACUUCGACAACAGAUAGAAGAUGGGGAAAUAGAGAUUGAAAGGCUUAAGUCAGAGAUCGCUGGGCUGCUCAAGGACAACGAAAAGAUCCAUGCCAGCCCUGCAGCUGCCCCAACCGACGACGAUUCAGAAAUCAAGAAAAUCAAAAAAGUCCAGAGCUUCCUGCGAGGCUGGAUCUGCAGGAGGAAGUGGAAGACCAUCAUCCAGGAUUACAUCCGCUCACCACAUGCAGAGAGCAUGAGGAAGAGGAACCAGGUGGUGUUCAGCAUGUUGGACUCGGAGGCCGAGUAUGUCCAGCAGCUUCACAUCCUGGUGAACAACUUCCUGAGGCCACUCCGCAUGGCUGCCAGCUCCAAGAAACCACCCAUCACCCAUGAUGAUGUCAGCAGCAUAUUCCUCAACAGUGAAACUAUCAUGUUUCUACAUCAGAUAUUUUACCAGGGUCUAAAAGCCAGAAUAGCGAGCUGGCCAACAUUAGUGCUGGCGGAUCUGUUUGACAUUCUGCUGCCCAUGCUGAACAUCUACCAGGAGUUUGUGAGGAACCACCAGUACAGCCUGCAGAUCCUGGCUCACUGCAAGCAGAACCGAGACUUUGACAAGCUGCUUAAGCAGUACGAGGCCAAGCCCGACUGUGAGGAGAGGACCCUGGAGACCUUCCUCACAUACCCCAUGUUCCAGAUUCCCCGCUACAUUCUUACACUCCACGAACUUUUGGCCCACACACCCCAUGAGCAUGUAGAGAGAAACAGUCUGGACUACGCAAAAUCCAAGCUGGAGGAGCUUUCCAGAAUCAUGCACGACGAAGUGAGUGAGACCGAGAACAUCAGGAAGAACCUGGCAAUCGAACGAAUGAUCGUAGAGGGCUGCGAGAUUCUCCUGGACACCAGCCAGACGUUCGUUCGACAAGGGUCUCUUAUCCAGGUGCCAAUGAGCGAGAAGGGCAAGAUCACCCGUGGGCGACUGGGCUCUCUGUCUCUGAAGAAGGAGGGGGAGAGGCAGUGCUUUCUCUUCUCCAAGCAUUUAAUCAUCUGCACCAGGGGUUCGGGGGGAAAGCUUCAUCUCACCAAGAAUGGAGUCGUCUCGCUCAUAGACUGUACUCUUAUGGAGGACCCUGAGGGGACAGAUGAUGAGUCCAAAUCAGACAAGAGUGGCCAAGACAUGGAGCACCUGGACUUCAAGAUUGUCGUGGAGCCAAAGGACAGCCAGUCAUUCACAGUCAUCCUGGUGGCCUCCUCGAGGCAAGAGAAGUCUGCAUGGACCAGUGACAUCAGCCAGUGCAUAGACAACAUCCGGUGCAAUGGGCUGAUGAUGAACGCCUUUGAAGACAACUCAAAAGUCACAGUGCCACAAAUGAUCAAGUCAGAUUCAAGUCUGUACUGUGAUGAUGUUGACAUCCGCUUCAGUAAGAUGAUGAACUCCUGCAAGGUGCUGCAGAUCCGUUACGCCAGCGUCGAGCGCCUGCUGGAGAGACUGACGGACCUCCGUUUCCUCUCCAUUGACUUCCUCAACACCUUUCUGCACUCGUAUCGUGUGUUCACCACCGCUGACGUGGUGCUAGACAAACUCAUCACCAUCUACAAGAAGCCCAUCAGCGCCAUCCCUGCUCGGUCCCUGGAGUUAUUCUUUGCCAGCAGUCAGAACAGUAAACUUCUGUAUGGAGAGCCUCCCAGCUCCCCCAGGGCCAGCAGAAAGUUCUCCUCCCCUCCUCCUCUCGCCAUCGCCAAGAACUCAUCCCCAAACCGCCGGCGCAAGCUCUCCCUCAACAUCCCAAUCAUCACUGGGGGCAAAGCUCUUGACCUGGCUGCCCUCAGCUGCUCCUCAAACGGCUAUGCAAGCAUGUACUCAUCCAUGUCCCCGUUCAGCAAGACCACCUUGGACAUCAAUAAACUCUAUGUGGCCAGCCCUAUCGCGAGUAAAAUCCCGGACGAGGGAGAGGACAAGAAGGACAAGGUGGAAGAAUCCUCCGUGAACAAACAAGAUCUCUCCGUACGAGAGGAAAGUGACAAUGAUCCAAACCAGAGUGAUGAUGGGGACCCAGAGGCCUCUCCCACCAAGUCACCAACCACCCCAAAAAACGUUAAAUGCAAAAACUCCUCAGAGUUCUCCCUGUUUUCCUACAACAAUGGCAUGGUGAUGUCCUCAUGUCGAGAGCUUGAUAACAACCGCAGUGCCCUGUCUGCUGCCUCCGCCUUUGCAAUUGCCACAGCCGGAGCCAAUGAGGGCACCCCUACUAAGGAGAAAUAUCGGCGGAUGUCCCUCGCCAGCACUGGUUUCCCAACAGAUCAGAGAAACGGAGACAAAGAGUUUGUGAUCAGACGAGCAGCGACCAACAGAGUUCUGAACGUCCUGAGACACUGGGUGUCCAAACAUUCUCCGGACUUUGAGAGUAAUAAUGAGCUGAAGACAAAGGUUAUUGCCUUCCUGGAGGAAGUGAUGCAUGACCCUGAGCUGUUAACCCAGGAGAGGAAAGCAGCAGCCAACAUCAUCAGGACUCUAACUCAGGAAGAUCAUGGUGACAGUCAGAUCACCCUUGAAGACGUGACACAACUGGUGGGAGCAGCGAAGGCCGAGCCCUUUGAGAGUCACUCUGCGCUGGAGAUUGCAGAGCAGCUCACUCUGCUGGACCACUUGGUGUUUAAGGUCAUCCCAUAUGAGGAAUUCUUUGGGCAAGGCUGGAUGAAGAAUGACAAAAAUGAGAAGACACCAUACAUCAUGAGAACAACAAAGCAUUUCAAUGAUAUAAGCAACCUUAUUGCCACAGAGAUCCUGCACUGUGACGAUGUGGUCACAAGAGUAGCAGUCAUAGAGAAAUGGGUGGCUGUGGCUGACAUCUGCCGCUGUCUCCAUAACUACAAUGCCGUGCUCGAGAUCACCUCCUCACUCAACCGCAGCUCUGUCUUUCGCCUCAAGAAGACCUGGCUCAAGGUUUCCAAGCAGACAAAAGCACUGAUUGACAAGCUGCAGAAGCUGGUCUCAUCAGAGGGGAGAUUCAAAAACCUGAGAGAGGCUUUGAAGAACUGUGAUCCUCCCUGUGUGCCCUAUCUGGGGAUGUACCUCACUGACCUAGCUUUCAUUGAGGAGGGAACACCGAACUACACUGAAGACAACUUAGUCAACUUCUCAAAAAUGAGGAUGAUUUCUCAUAUCAUAAGAGAAAUCAGGCAGUUUCAGCAAACAGCAUACAAGAUUGACCUGCAACCAAAGGUAGCCGAGUAUCUACUGGAUAGGAGCUGUGUUCUGGAUGAAGAAAGCAUGUAUGAAGCCUCACUCAGAAUUGAGCCUAAAGUGCCCAACUGAUGGGGAAGGUGGUCCUCAACGUUAUUAUCUCUGUUAAUAUUACACAUCAGUUAACAUACACAUCAAUUUUUGUAUAGUUGUACAUGUUUAAGAUAUUUGCUCUUCUGUACAGUAGAUGUUUAAGGUUGUUUGAUGACACAAAACAUUUCAGUGUAUAUUUUUUUGUUUACCAUUGCCAUGACGCCACCUGCUUUAAGAAUUUAUUAACAUUUCUUUGGGCUAUUUCAAGCAUAAUAACAGAGGUCACUUUGGUUGCACGUAACUGUGUCUUCUUUGUGACCAAUGACAUUAUUUUGCAUCAUCUCAUACUGUGUCGACUUUGCACUUUCUGAGCACUUGUGCUGCCGGCCAUUGUUCUCUUUGCUUGAAAUUUACUAAUGACUGAAUUUUUCUGCAACCAAUGUAGCAAUGUAAAAAUGUAACUGCAUCAAAUCAGGUAAAAGAGCACAGAGAAUAUAAUUGUUUUUAAUGCUGGGAAACAAUGAUCAGUGGAGAUGACAGCAAGGUAUCUGACACAUAACUGUCUCUGUGCUUCCCAAACUAAAACAAGAGGGAUUUGUUUCUUCAUUUCUGCUCACUACUCUAAGGACAGGGGUUCCCAACCAUUUUUGAACUGCAAAUCAUUUUUAUAUUGAUAGUGUCAUAGCAGCCAAUGAUGAAACUAAAUGGAUAACAAAGCUCUAUAUCUUCUUGUGGUUAGUUACUAAAUUAAAAUAAAACUACUGAAUGAAUGCUGGAGGUGCUGAUGCCAGACUGGUUGCCACACAUACUCUGCCAUACCUUCUUUACUUAACAACACUAAGUCUACAACCACGCUAAAAGCUCUCUGAGGUUGUACUCCAGUGCACAGCUGUGGUUUGAGCUAAAUGCUAAUGUCAGUGCACUAACAAGGUCACACUGAUGAUGUUAAUAUGCUGAUGUUUACUAAGUAUAAUGGUUACUAUGUUCAGCAUCAUAGUUUUGCAUGUUAUCAUGCUUCAUGCUAAUUAGCAAUAAACACAGUCAAGCUGAGGCUGCUGGGAAUGUAAUUUGUUUUGCAGGUAUUUAACCAAAUUAUUGAGAAAAUUGAAGUGCUGACCAAGUGAAAGGUCAGAGAAUCACCAAAAUUACUACAGGUCAUCCAGGGUGACAUGAACAUAUGAACCAAAUUUCCAGGCAAUCUGUCCAAUAGUUGAAGGGACAUCUCCCCUGAAAAUUACCUAUGUGAAACAGCACUAGCACAAAAGUCAAAGGAUCACCAAAGUCAUUAGGCUUUAUCCUCUGGGCUCCAUGCUAUGUUCCAAAUUUCAUGGCAGUCCUUUGAUUAGUUGAGAUAUUUUGGUCUGGACCAAAGUGGUGGACCCAUAGGCCAACAUUGCCAUCUCUAGAGUCAUGCAGCUACCAUGUCUAAAAAACAAUAUAUUGUUGUUGGGAAUGUGACAGGGAGUUAUGAAAAACGUAGCUCAGACUCUUCAAACAUAAUAGCCUAUAAAGCUUUACAAUUAUUCACCUUUUUUCGCAGAGUCAUACAGUUGCCAGUAGCAAAUGUUCAGAGUCCCCUUAAUGGUCCACAGCCUUGAGGUUGGGAACCUCUGCUCUAUGAUACAUGUCUUCAUUAACCUACAAUUGACAAAAUUUUAAUGUUUUAUUUGUUUUUUGUUGUAAAGUAAUACACUCUUUUCAUUGUCUGUUGUCACAUGAGGUGCUCAGACUCACCUUAGACAGCUCAGUUAAUUUCAUAUAAUCAAAUAUAAGCUGUGUAACAACAUACAGUGCUAAAGAAGGGAUACAUCUCUUUGCUGUGACUUGAGGGGAAGGUUAUCUGAAUUUACUGAUACACAGUACAGUACAGUACAGUACAGUGAGUUCUCCCCUUUGUCCAAAUCUUAUGUUGCUUGGUUUUUUGUCCAACUCAAACUCAUGACAAAAGUUCACAUGCGGUGGUAAGUGUUGUAUCUUCAGGUUCGGCGAUACUUCUGUAGAGUAAAAGGUUGUUGCUCUUCUGUAAUUAAAAGACAAUCUGUCCUUUUUGCUGUUCCAGUGAUUGUGGAACGUGACUGUAUAUCACUCUGUUAUAUGCAUUGCUGUUAAAAACUAUGAUAAAACAUAUGUGAAUGACCUCUGCCUGCAGCAUUCAAACACUAUUUUUGUAGUAGUAUAAGAGAGAGUGACUUGCUCUUUAUAUGAACAUGGGAAAGUAUUUUGUACUUUGUUGUUAAUUCACCUCACUGAGAUGUGCUGUACAUUUUGUACAUGCAACCCUGCAUAUUUCUCAAUGUGGAACAGUGUAAUCCUUUAAAAAAAAAGAAUUGUAUCUCAAGCUUAAACACAAAACGCUAUAACAGUGUGGUCUUGAAACCAUGACUUAGUGGUAGGAGGCAACUUCAGAGUGUUUUACAUUUAUACUGUAAUCCUGUCUAUAACCAUUUCUGUUAGCAGGAAUAUAGUAACGUAGUGCUUAUUCUGUGAAUAUUUGUAUGUAUUUUUACUAUGUAUGUACAGUACACUUUUGAAGCUCAUGUGGCAGGCAUGCAACACCUUCACAGACAGAAUAAUACUAUAUACUUAUACUGUAUACACUUAUACAUGCACAUACUCUUAUAAGGUAUAUAAACAAAUAAACAUUUUGCUGUUAGCAAUACCCAGUGGUAUGAAAAUUAUCUUUCAACCCUCAUGUUUCCCACCUUAAGAAAUAUUCCCAGUUUUGUAAGAAUAAAAAAAUAGAAAACAGAAUAAAAGAUUUGCUGAUGAGAAUAACAAAUAAACAAAGAUAUGUUUCCCGGUUACCUCUUGCUAAUAAAUCCAUUUUAUCUCAGGGGCA